AGUAUUUUAAAGUAAAAAAGUUAGUAAGUAAAGAGAGUAGCUAGUUGAAGAGUGAAGUAGCUGAGUAGGCUGAUCGCCGCAGAUCUCUGUAACUAACUAACUAAGAUAUUACACAGAGGCAAUAGGCCGCUUUGGUUCUGCGAAAGUGCUCAAUACCUGAUUCAAUCAUCAGACAACGAACUAAGACAUUAGUGACUUGGGUAAUUAACUGUCACCUUCUGGUGCAAGGACAGGUUAUUCCUGCUAGCUGUUGCGCCGAGCAAAUAUUGGACGAAAUGUCUGCGAGCGGGGAAGCCAGCACGCAAGCAGGCGCUGCGCCUGCACCUAGUCCGAGUACUGGUAGUACGCGUAGUGCAGCUAGUGAUGUGCACGAACAGGUGAGCGCUCAGCGGAGAGCGGAACGACCAUUCCGAGAGCUAUUAGAUUGCUAUAGGCUAGAACUAAUUGACAAGUUGGAAUGGGAAGCCGUUCUAGAUUAUCUGCUGAGCGAUCCCAAUAACGGAGUGCACCAUGGCGAUCAAACAGAACGCAUUAGUCGAGCGAACCACGAUCGCCGAAGCAGGAGGUAUCUCCUGGACGCCGUCAUGUCCAGAGAACUGGACACUUUCCGAUCAUUUGUGCGCGGCCUGGCGCGACCUGAGGCAAAUCCAAGACUGGCACAGCGUAUUGCUGAAGAUGCUGAUGCACAGCUGGAUUUGAAGCCGCCAUUGCUGUCACAAGUACGAGAGAUAACCGAAAGCGGUGCUAGCACAGCCAAGGGCAGCAGGACAAGUACCUCGAGCAAUGAUGGCCAAGCAAGCAGUACAGCUGUCAGCACCAGCAGCACCACCACCACCAAUAUCACAGGCAGUGUUCUCCCCCCACACCAAACCCUCCCGCCGCUACCGGUCGCUGGAUCAAUGUCACAAGCCGGCUUGACGUACUUACCGCAAGUGCCGGUCGAUCCUGCGAGUGACGUAGACGGGCAUCCAUUAUCGUCCAGCUUAUUAAUCACAACUUUAGCCGAACUAGAGAGCGAGCAAUCAGUGAGUAUUCGUGAAAUGAGCACUGCUGAGUCUCAGUUAGGAGAAAACAGCCCUGUUGUAGAAUUGGAUCGGGCAGUAAGUACAUCUUCGGAAGUGUGCGGUGUGCCCGUACAGGUGGAACAGUCUGACACAGUGGAGCCAAGAGCACCGGUUUCAGUUGGUCCUCGUCCUACCAUAAUAGCCUGUCAAGAGUCACGUAAUGAAGCUGCUGAGCGGUCAAGCGAGCAUGCUGAACCCGAUUUGGUAGCAGACGUGGGAGAUACAGAUUACCCCUAUGACAACAACACAUCUGACAAUGUUGAUUGUAGACAGCUGCCUUCACCACCACCAUCACCACCUGUACCACCUUCACCGUAUGCAGCACUGCCUUCACCAGAACUAGAACCAGCACCAGAACCAGCAGCAGAACCAGCAACAGAACCACCAGCAGCAGCAGCAACAGAACCAGCAGCUGAUGGGUAUGUUCCCUGGUAUUCAUCACGAUCGUUUCCGGCCAUUGCUAUCAGUGGACUCGGUCUGACCUGCUUGCUGCUGGCACCUGCAGACCGCGCACAGCACAUCGUUAUCCUUACCGGCAUUGUCGUGGCAUGCUCACUUGUAAUGCAAUACCACCCCUAGGCAACCACUGGCACAUGUGUUUAGAAGCGACCGUUGACACCCUGGCAAUUAUCAUCAUUCUACUCCGGCUCCCACAACACUACUAAGUUCUGAGAUCAAUCUACAACCUAGAUGCACUAUGCACUAUGCACUGUAACAUUUAAUGUUGCUAGUAUUUGUCUAUUACUAAAAGUAAAAUGUAGGAGCUAAUCGGCGCAUAAUCACGUGCCAGUAGUGCAAAGUUGAAAUUAGUAAACACCGCUAGUGGUGGACACUGCUAUCACUAGGAGCACUAUUACAUUGACAAUAUUAAAUUCGAGGUCACAAGUUUUGAAAUGGAACUGAGAUGGAGGAAGAAGAAAUGUAGUUUUCAAACUAUAAUGGAGAGUUUGCCCUCCCCUGCUCAAACCCGAAUGGUCUUCCUAUGCGCCGUUUCUUGCACCUUCCUUUAUGCUCAUUACAUUUAUUGACCGUCGUUCCGCGGCCCUAACACCCUGCACACUUCUCUGCGGACUUGAGUGCGGCGCUACUUUAUUCUGAUCAGGUUGGAUUUCUCUGACCAGAACUUACCUCACCGCCGCAUUGCAUUUUCUAGUGCAUUGCUAUAGCCUAGUUACCGAAUCAUCAGUUGUGUUGAGAUUAUUU